GUGCGAGUAACCCAGUACCUCCGAGCUUUUUUUUGAUUCCUGACAAAUCCGACGGUAAAACGAAACUUACGAACGACGGGAUACUAUACACUUUCGUCUCCUCUUCCGUUCACCUCACCUAACUUCUCCUCCUCAUCCUCACGAAAGAAGAAAAAGCACAGCUCCAAAAAUGACCAACAUCAAAGUCGUCCCUGCGUCCGCACCGACGAGUCCUGCGCCUGAAAACGUCGUAGUCCAGCAAUCACCCAGCGGCCCGAAACCCUGCUGCGUCUGUAAGGACGAGAAAGCCGCGCGCGACGAGUGCUUCCUCUUCAGCGACAAGGGCGGCGAAGUGGAGUGUGUGGACAAGAUCGACGCGUACAAGAAGUGCAUGGCCGGGUUUGGGUUCAAGAUCUAAGCACUGGCAUGAGGAGAGGACGGACGGACGGACGCAUAGAAUAGACGAUGCACGCCCACAGAUUGAUUUUCUGGGAUGCUGUAAAGUAGAGAGUAAUGUACAAUA